GGGGGGGGGGAGAGAGAGAACACACACCUCUAUAGUGUUUGUUUUGCUGUCUGUCAGAUUUCACCUCACUUUCUGUCCCUUUGAUAAUUGGAUUUUGAAAAAUAUGGCUUGUUGGUGAGAAAGCUUCAGUGGAGAUGCCUUUUCCCCAUGAUAUGUCUUCCAGGAGUGAAUUCCCUUCUGAUGGGCAGAUUUUUCUCACUUUCUGUAGGUUCACCCCAUUCUUAACUAGGAGUCGGAUGUUUGUAACUCGGGGACUGCCUAUAUUUCAGUUCUUAAAAAUUAUGAUUCUAAGCUGUUCUGAAUAUUUAAAUCAAUACAUUGGUGGCAAUUUUUAAUACUCAGAACUACAAAUUUUAAGAUUGAUCAUUCUGGGGGGAAGCUUUUGGUUCCAGUAUUCUCUUCUGAGGAAGGCUAAGCGAAGGAUGAUAGACGCAUUUGAACUGUGGUGUUGGAGGAAAAUUCUGAGAGUGCCUUGGACUGCAAGAAGAUCCAACCAGUCUGUACUUGAGGAAAUAAUGCCCGGCGGCUCUCUGGAGGGAAGGAUAUUAGAGGCAAAGAUGAAGUACUUUGGCCACAUCAUGAGAAGACAGGAAAGUUUGGAGAAGAGAAUGAUGCUAGGGAAAAUGGAAGGAAAAAGAAAGAGGGGCCGACCAAGAGCAAGAUGGAUGGAUGGUAUCCUUGAAAUGACUGGCUUGACCUUGAAGGAGCUGGGAGUGGCAGACAGGAAGCUCUGGCGGGGGCUGGUCCAUGAGGUCACGAAGAGUUGGAAGUGACUGAACAAAUAAACAACAAAUUCUCUUCUGAUAGGUAUCUAGUAUAGUGUGUUGAAAAAGCAGCAUUUGCUUUUUUGGAAUGUAAUGUUUUUCCCAAGCCGUGGUCGAUUGAAUCCAUGGAUGCAGAACUUGUCGAUACAGAGGGCCAACUAUAAAUAAACGUUCAACUGAUUUGUUUCCUUAAGAAGGGCUGGUUAAUUAUUUUUACAUACAGUCCUCAAAGUACUAGGGAAUUGGAUCAUAGCUGUUAAUUCCAGAGAUUGAAACAGUCUUCAAAUGUGUUCAAAAUCAAACUGAACUGCUUACAUAUUUAUCUAUGGUUUACUAGGUAUUGAAUCCGAAGGAAAGCAAUAAUCUAUGCCAGCUAAACCUGGCACAGAUUCCCCCCAGAGCUUCAAGUGUUAUUUUCUCUCACACCUCUCUCUCUCACUUUUUGUAGGGGGGCAUUGUUUGGGCAAGGCCGAAAAUUCAAAAUCAACAGGUCCUUGGAUGAGUCAGAUGGAGGGUGGGGCAAAGGAAAUGCUUAUUUCCUGAACUGAAUUUCCACAAGAGUAAUGCUUCUCAGUGCUUCUUUCACUCACAACGCUAGCUGGGAAAUCUCCACUGUCCCUGAGUGAUCUUCAUUUUGCUGCCUUAGUUCGGUAAAGAUGACUGCUAUCCUGCUACUCAACAUAGCCUGCCUUCUUAGUUUCUGCCUGCCUUUGGCAGAGCCGUGUAAGUUGGCCAUCCAACCCAAGGCACCGAUUGUGGAAUUUGGGGGCUCUGUAAAACUCAACUGUACAUCCACCUGCACCAACUACACUAAAGUGGACUGGGAGGUGUCGUUUGCACGAGAUGUCAAGGAAGGAGAAGGGUGGAUUUCUCUGAACAUCAAGAACGUGACAGAAUGGACCACUCAACCAUUGUGUGUGGCUAGAUACAAGGAAUCAGACUCCAUCCACACCAGGGCAGUAAUCUAUGUUUACCAAUUCUCAACCCCAGAUAUCUACCUGGCUUCUGAGAUUGAGAGCGGUCGCUUGGACAAAAUAAUCUGCAACAUUUCUAGCCUGCGGGUGAGAGAUGAAAUCUCACCUAAGGUCAGCAUCUCCCUCAGCAGAGGUGCAACUCUCCUGAAUAGCAGCUAUGGUGAACCUUCAUUGGAAUACAGUUUUGUGGCCAGCCUUAAUCGAGACGAUGGGGCUGCGAUCAUUUGUAUGGCCUGGGUCGAGGUGGGCUCAGAGGUGUUGAAUAAGAGUGCAACAAGGACCUUGAAUAUUGUGGCAAGCCCUUACAAUGUCAGUGUCUCUGCAAAUCCCAUGAUGUACAAAGCCGAUGUCAAGAUUGUGGUGAAGUGCAAGGCUGAAGGAAAACCCUUCCCAGAGUUUUCGUGGGAUCUUCCCUCCAACAGCAGUGUGGAGUUCUCUAGCAACAUCCAGAUUUUAACAAUCAAUUCAGCUCAAAGCUUCCAUAAUGGGACUUAUCGAUGUCUAGCACGUAAUAUUUAUGGCAAGAAGUCAGCACAAAUUGACAUCCUCUUUCAAGAGAGGUCUCGCAGUUGGAUCGCAGCUGUGGUGGUUGUGUCAUUGUUGGCUGUAGUCUUCACUGGAGGCAUUUUCUGGUAUCAUUGCAGGAAGUGAGAAGGUCCACAUGGAAACCAACGGGCCUGAGACUCCUUUCUGAUGCUGGAGCAAGGGUUUGGCUGCUACCAGUUGCUUUUCUUGACUGGCCAGAACAGAAGCAAUGGGGAAAGGGAAUGUUUGCUUUGAUCCAGAAAACAGGCAGCAGCCCUUGAGGACCUCCUCUCCGUUCAUCCGCUGCUAAAGGGAAGAGAACAUGCUCUCAUGGAUGCCUUUAUAACUGCUUUGGUGUGCACCAAGCCAAAGCAAGAGAACUGGCAAGCAUGACCAAUAAUAAGCAAAUAAUUCAGUUCCCAGAAAUAAUCAAUUUUCACUUUGGGGGGCGGGAUCAAAUUUCUAGACGUUAUGAUUGUAAAAACACAUGCUUGACUAAAUAUGGGUUGGUACACAUACUGGAAGUAGGAAUUUUGUGGCUACUCGCUUCCCCGUAUUAGCGAAUCAAGAGAAACUGUCAUUUUUCAACUUUACACAGUUUAUAUAGGUUUCUGAAUGUAAUGUUAUUUGGAAUUACAAGCCUCCCCACCUUCUUUCUGCUCAGCACCAGUCGGUUCAGGAUAUUUUGUUAAUACUUUGGCAGUAAGAAAACCACAACAGUUCACUCAAAGAGCUGCAUAUAGGCAAACAUUCAAUGCCUUAACAUAGAACAAAGACAGAAGACAAACGCAGGCUCCGAGCUGGCCUCGAACUCAUGACCUCUUGCUCAGAGUGAUUUGUUGCAGCUGGCUGCAGCUGGCUGCUCAACAGCCUGCGCCACAGCCUAGGCCCUUUAAGGUUUCAUCUACACAAUUCUUGCCCCUUGGUACACUAUAAUUGUCACAAGGACAUCCUACAGGAUUCUGGGAGUUGUCGUUUAGUAAGCGCUCUAAGGCUUGAUCUACACUGUCCUAUACUCCGGUUUCAGAAUUGGAUUAUCUGUGAUGAACUGGAUUAUAUCAGUCUACACUGCCCUAUAAUCCAGAUCAAUACAGUUAAUCCACAUUCUGAAAUUAUAGGGCAGUGUAGAUCCAGCCUAAGUCCCUGAUUCACGGGGCGCUUUUACAUGACACCGCUAUCGUUCCAUGGUUCCAUCCUGUGCAAUCCUAGGAUUAUAAUUCUGAAAGAUCCUGAGAACUUCUCUAGUGCCUCACUAAACUACCAAUCCCACGAUUCCAUAAGAACCAGCAAGGGCAGUGAAAUUGGUAUCAAAGUGCUAUAAUUGUCCAGUGUGGCAUCCUGCAAGGGUUAGUCAGAUAUCCUAAUUAUUAUUAUUAUUAUUUAUUUAUUUAUUUAUACCCUGCCACCAUCUCCCAUAGGGACUUGGAGCGGCUUACAAAACAGCACACAAAAAUGCCAUACAUAAAAUACAUAAUACAUAAAAUAAACUACAUCAACAUGAAAACAAUAACUUUACAUAAACUACAUAUAUAAAUUGGAUAAAACAACCUCUAUUAAAAUUGAAUCCAUUAAAAGAUCCAUAUAACCAAUAUAGCAGCCCAGCUGAAUGCACACAAUGCAGAUAUAAAAUGCUAAGUGAUUGGCAAUCAGUUCGAGUUACUGUCUAAACUUUAUCAAAUGCCUGAUGGAAAAACCAGGUUUAUAGCUCUUUCCUAAAGUGUUGUAGUGUAGGGGCUUGUCUAAGUUCCCUGGGGAGGGCGUUCCAGAGCCAGGGGAACCACCACCGAGAAGGCCCUCUCCCUCGUCCCCACCAACCACACUAAAGAUCGAGGCGGGACUGAGAGGAGGGCCUGUCCGGCAGAUCUUAGAGCUCAUGCCAGUUCAUAGGGGGAGAUGUAGUCACAAGAUAGGCUGGACCUGAACUGUGUAGGGCUUUAUAGGUAAUAAAUAACCUGCACUUUGAAUUGGGACUGGAAACUUAUUGACAGCCAGUGGAGCUGCUUCUACAGGUGCAUGGUAUGCUCCCUAUAAUUACAUCCAUUAAGUAACCUGGCUGCUGAUCUUUGUACCAAUUGCAAUUUCUGAGCCAACUUCAAAGGCAGCCCCAUCCAUUCUAGAAGUAACUAACUAAGGCGUAGACUACCGUGGCCAAGUCAGGCUUUUCAAGGUAUGGCUUUUCAAGGUACUAAGGAGAGAGGUAGGGGGCCCUGGUGGCACAGUGUGUUAAAGCGCUGAGCUGCUGAAUUUGCGGACCGAAAAGUCCCAGGUUCAAAUCUCAGGAGCGAAAUGAACGCCCGCUGUUAGCCCCAGCUCCUGCCAACCUAGCAGUUCGGAAACAUGCAAAUGUGAGUAGAUCAAUAGGUACCAUUCCAGCGAGAAGGUAACGGCGCUCCAUGCAGUCAUGCCGGCCACAUGACCUUGGAGGUGUCUAUGGACAACGCCGGCUCUUUGUCUUAGAAAUGGAGAUGAGCACCAACCCCCAGAGUCAGUCAUGACUGGACAACGUCAGGGAAAAACCUUUACCUUUUUACCUAAGGAGAGAGGUAAGAAGGAAAAAGGAGCAAUUACAAAAUCUCCUACAUUGCUCCUUUUUUCUUGAGAUUGUAAUGUGAGCCCAAGCUUAAAAAUGUCACAUUCUCUAUGUGUUUCUUCUCCCGUCCACACAGUGGCACAAUUGUGUUUGAGAAAAAUCAGAGGAAUGCAUUAUAGAUAGAUGUUUGUGUUUGAGUAUAUAUGUCAAUGUGUCCAUAGCUACUUCAAAGCAGGGCUAAACCCACCUCCUUCAACUCCUAUUCUAGCCACCCUGAAUUACACCAUUUUCCCCACUCCCAUUGAUAUAGAUGACAGGAGAGAUAACACCAAGAGCAAUCCUUUGCGAGGUCAAAAAGUCCAGUUUAUUAUAUUCAGCUGAAGACUCUGGAUGUGGAAUCUUUUCCAAAGGCAAACCAGAUCCCCGAUCAAGGUGUUGACAUUGCCUUUUAUACAUUUUCAGACAAAGAACAUGCUUCUACAUACAUCUCGUCAUUAGUACAUCACUUCAUAUGCUUACAUACAUGAGCAUAAAUAUGCACGAAUCAGCAUUUUUCUAUCUAAGCACUCUAAAAGCCUGUAGAAAGUUACAGACACCAAGAGAAAUCCAUCAAGACCUGUCAAAAGUCUGCUUUCCCUCUAAUGGAAUGUACAUAUAGAUAACAGGCCCCCUUUCUGCCUGUCCUGCCAGCUUGUACAUUUACACAAAAUUUAACACAGAGAGAGUCUGGUUUUUCUACAUUUCACUGCUUCUAAUGUGCAUACAAUAUAUGUCUAAAAAUCUAUAUUUUCCAGUUCCUCAUCACCAUUAUGACAAGGCCAUUAUGACAAGGGAAUUUCCUUUGGGUGGGGAAACUUUGCAGGAGAGCAGGGAAUUUCCUUUAAGCACAGGAAAUGGGUUAAGAAACAAGAAGAUAGCAACAAGCUUCGCUUUUAAUAGUUUCGAGAGAACCGGAAACCCAGUCUGCUACACCUACAAGAGCUUUUGAAGGGGGAACUGGUAGCAAGCAUCCGGCAAGCAUAAGGGGUUGAGGGGCAGUGCUUAUUGGGUGUUUUUUUUCUCAAUGAGCAAUCACUCGAGAUGGCAAGUGUUUUAGGAGAGGCCAAAUAUUCAUUGUGUUGCAUGAGAAAACCACCCCUAGGUCCUUGGGAUGUCUAGUUUACCUGGGCCAGGUCCCCACUCACUGAAGUCUCCUUUGUUUCUUUUUUUUUUCUUCCUCCUUCCCCCUCCUUUCCUUCCUUUCUUCUUCCUUCCCUUCCUUUCUUUCUCCUUUCCUCACUCUUUUCCUUCUUUUCCCCUUUUCUUCCUUUCUCAAUCCCCCCCUUCCUCCUUUUCUUCCACAUUGCCUGCCUUACUUCCCCUUUUUCCUCUGAGAAGCCUGGCUUGUUAAAGGUACUUUGGAAAACUAUGUCUCUCAUGUAUAUAAUUUGCUCUAAAUCCUCCAUGUUUUUCCUAUAUGUUGUGUUAACCUAAUGUUUUAUGCGCCUGAGAUCCCCGUUCCUUCCCUUUAUGGGAAACCUUGUUCCUGAACCCAAAGAUGUCUUGCCUCCCACACAAUUGCAUAGCCUGGGGGAACGAAACCAAGCUGGGAAUUUUCUCAUCAAUUUCCAGCCUCACCCAUCUUUUGGACUUUACCUGGACAUUGCAACACAAUAGCUUACUCUGGCAGGGCAAUCACCUCUUCCUGCCCCUCUGGGGAAGAACCAAUUUCACCACCUGUGCCUUUGAUGAACGGGACCGCUCGCAUCGGAAGGAAUCCGCAUGUCUACAUCCAACCUAUCCUCUUGUCAUUUUUGCAUGAUUGUAUUAAUAUAUGAUGUUUUGUUUCUAUGGAGGCUAGAACCUCCAGCCCAUCUCUAUUAAGGGGCCAUGUCAUGUUCCUCUCAUAAGACAAUAGCAUUCCUGGGUAGGGCCAAAGAUGCCCUCAAUCACUUUGUUAUUUUUCCUGUUCAGUGAAAGGAACCCCAUUCAUCGACACUUAAUCAUCCUUUGUUCCCAGCCCAUGCUGGCCAUUGGCUGUGACUGGUCAGAAUUAGAGGCUUGGUUACAGCCUAUGUAUAAAAAGGGCUAUGAAACUGUAUUCUGUAUGCUAUCUAUGUUGUGAAUGUAUCACUAGCUAGCAUCUUAUCUGCAGAUAAUAAAAUCUUCCUUGGCUGAAAAUCA